AUGGAUACAUCCACCACCCCGUCCGCACCGCAGCGCCCGCACUUCAAGCGGCCUGUUUACAUUCCCCCCGUCAAGGGAAAUAUUGGUAAAUGGUACCUCCCAGCCAUGGGAAUGAUAGCCCUCGGCUUUGGUGUCUACAAUUACUACAACGCUCCCGCCCCCGCAUACGACCCCGAGGAAGCAGAGCGCCUCCACCGAAACAAGGCACUGAUGGACGCCUACGGAGACAAAGAGACCUUACAAGACAUCGAGCGCGCGUUCGCCCUCUACGAGAUCCAGUAG